GCGACGACGAAGACUUCUGGUGAAUGUAUCAGCGUACAAGUCCCCUCAUCUUCGCCCAGCAGCUGAGAGUUCGUGAACUUGUAUGAUUCGGAGAAAUUCAAAGGUCAGGCAGCAGGACCCGUGUGAUACUCGAGCUGCCUGCGAGACAGCCUCGUAAGCCAAUAUGUCGAACAAGAGAAUAGAACAGAGCGAGAUCGAGAAGUACUGGGAGAUUUUUGCAUCUCUGUCAAAUGGCGGCACACACCUCACUGGUUCACAAGCCGCCCCGGUACUGAAGAACAGUCAAUUGCGAGACGAUCAACUAGAGCGCAUCUGGGAUCUGGCGGAUGUGGAUAACGAUGGGAAUCUGGACUUCGAAGAGUUCUGUGUGGCUAUGCGACUGAUAUUUGAUCUUGUCAAUGGAGAGUACGCAGAUGUUCCCCCUCAAGUCCCGGAUUGGCUGGUUCCUGAAUCGAAGGCACAUCUGGUACAGGCGAACAGGGCCCUUACCGGUAGGCAGGUUCAAUUUGAGCGGAUUGAAGACGAAGAUGAUUCCCCUGGAUUAAAGGAUGGUUUUGAUUGGUAUAUGAGCCCCUCGGACAAGUCUAAGUACGAGGAAAUCUACUCUGCGAACCGGGAUGGCAGAGGAGAAAUUACUUUUGAAUCACUCGACUCCCUCUACUCAUCCCUCGACGUCCCGGAUACCGACAUACGAUCAGCAUGGAACCUCAUAAACCCAUCCGCAUCAUCCGCCAUUUCUAAAGAUGCCACUUUGGCCUUCCUUCAUAUUCUCAACAACCGGCACGAAGGCUUCCGUAUCCCUCGGACAGUACCUCCAUCGCUUCGAGCGAGCUUCGAGCGGAACCAAAUUGACUACCAGAUCGAUAACCAACGCACAUCCUCACCUGCACAACGGUGGGGUUCUACUGGAGGAGAGGAGACGAGCACCGGACGGAAAGCUAAAUUUGGAGAUACAUAUCUUAGUAGAAUGGGAAUGGGUGGAAAGUCGAGCUACAAGCCUGCUGGAACAGAUUUCUCAACUGCCAAGACAACUGAAGAUUGGGAAGAAGUGCGGCUAAAGAAGCAAUUGAGUGAGCUGGAAGCAAAGAUUGAGAAGGUAGAAGCCGCAUCGGCGAAUCGGUCUGGUGGUCGGCGGGAUACUAAGCCAGCCCUGGUCAAAAGGGAGUUGGAGCAGUUACUGGAUUACAAACGCAGGGAAUUGCGAGAUAUGGAAUCAGGGGAGGGCAAGAGCAAAGUUGGAGCCAGCUUGAAGGGAGUCGCGGACGAGAUAGCCACUGUGAAGGAGCAGGUCGAUGGUCUUGAGUCGCAUCUGAGAUCACGCCAACAGGUAUUGGCAGAGCUGCAGCAAGAAAUUGAGAAUGAGAAAUCGAGUAGAUAGAUACCUUUAAUGCAUAACACC